UUGGCAACGGAAGUGGAGUGUUACUUUUGCGGAUAACUUCCUUGACCGAAGCUAACGGUAAAUGCAGCUGUUUUAACGCAAAAAUGUCGACUUGUUGCGUGUUUGCUUGUAAAUACCGACGCACCCCAGGCAGCAACAUCAAAUUAUACAGAAUACCGGCUGGUUCUCGGCCGUAUCACGCCAACAGGAGGCGGUUAUGGCUAGAAGCAAUACAACGAGCGAACGGCAGCACGGAGCCAAUCAAAGACACCGCUCGUGUUUGUAGUGCUCAUUUCAUUUCAGGAGAGGUCUCUAUGGACUAUGGCAUGCCCGACUUUGUGCCUUCAGUAUUUUCAUACACUGAACCGUGCCCGCCCCCCAAGAAAAGAGUGAAAAGGUUUUACGGUCGUAGACAAAGGCUCCACCGUGCAGCCAAAAUGAGACCAGAGGAAAAAACUACUCCUCCUGAAGUCGAUUCUCCUGAGGACCUCCAAUCCUCUGUUUUGAUGGAAACUGAAAGUGAACUUUCAAUGGAAACGCAGAUUCUGUCAACCCCAUCAGUGCCAAAGGAAGAAGAAACAUCGACUAUAGAGGCUGAGAAUGACACCAAAACCAUCCAAUUGCAAACAUCCAACACAAACAUGCCGUCGCCAUCCUGUAAAGUACCAGCAGACAUCGCAAAACUAGUCACGAGGAGUCCCAUUGUGCUUCUAAAGCCCAUAGUUUCACUAGCAGGUGGCUUUCAGUGUGAACAGUGUAAUCUCACCUUCCCCGAUGCAUCACAGCUUGUAAAUCACAAACAGCAGCAUGAAGAACAGAAGUCGUUAAUCUGUGAAGUUGGUGCGAAGUGCCUCACAAGUGAGGCAGAUCUCACCGAGCACCAUGCUGUCCAUGAGGAAGAGCCUUACUUUUCAUGUAACAUUUGUGAUCGAUCUUUUCCUUCAAAUCAGAGUCUCAAGCGUCACAAGCUGCUCCAUGUUAAAGAUGGCAGGAAGUGCCUCACUUGUGGUGCACUGUUUUGUCGCCAUCCCAGACACUUUUCAUUCCUGCCAAAGAUCGAGUGUAAGACAGGGUCUGAGGAGGAGUCUUCCGUCAUUGAGCCACAACAUGUAGGAAGUGACUUGAUCCCAGAAAGCGGUCUGCCAAAUAAGCUAGAGCCAAGCCAGACGACUGAGGAGUCUGUGCCUGAUGAUGCUCAGAGCUCACAGACAUUUACGCUUCUACUGACUUCUUCUACCUCAAUUCUUGCAGCUACACCUCCAAUCCCUGAAUUUUCACCUGCUGCUACACCUCCAAUGCCUGAAUUUUCACCUGAGACCCUUGUGGUGCCCAAUCCAGCCCCAAACACAAGAAUUGUACCUAACAUUCGUACACCGGUGCUGCUGAAAUCCUCCUCUAUGCCUCCUCCAAUCCCUGCAAUGAUCAAAUAUAGGAAUCGAAGUACCCUGUUUCAACCUCGGUCAUUAAUGUCCACUUCUGAUCAGCCUCAAUGUCCAGAACUCCCACCCUCUCUGAAGGUCUUCUCACCUCAGUACCUCACCUCAGCCUUACUUGAGGUUAAGAGAAAUUACGAGUAUAUUUUCAGUAAGAGAAAGAAUGUUGAUAUUAAGCCUAUUGUGAAGGAGGAACCAGCUGAGCCAGUGAUGAUUUCUAAAAACGAGGAAACUGUCAAACAAGACAAAAAUGAGAGAAUUGCGUAUGACCUUGAGAUUGUUCUCUGAUCAAAGCAGGUGCAAAAUGAGUGUCUUUUUAAAACGCUAAGUCACUGUACUUCUGACUGACCUGUUUGCCUUAACUGAAAUGAUUCACAUUUCACUGCUGCUUACAGAAGGACUGGUUCUUUGUAUCAAAAAGUUAAUAAGCCAAUCCUGCAAACUCACCAGUGUGUUUGGUAGAUUUACUACUGAAAUAUUAUCUUUGUUAGGGAUGAUCGUUCUGUUGCACAAUGCCUUUCCCACCUUUAUAUGUAACAAUUAUGUUUUUUUGUUUUGUUUUUUAGUCUUCCUGUAAUGCACAUGCAUGUAUAUACUUCAAAUUAGGUCUGUGUAGUCAGUUUCAAAUUGAAAUCCCAAUGUGAAAAAUGCAGUUAUAACAUCACAAGUUUAAGAUAUACAUUAUGCGUAAACAUAGGAUAUAAAUUGUGCAGGGUUUGAACUGCCCUGGCAAUGGUUUUACAAAUUCAUGCUGUCAUCCUCGUAUCAACAGAUACAGUAAACACUGUAGUGUUUCCGUGGAGAAAUUUGAAAGGUAGUCACACUCUUUAUGAUAUCUCGUGAUGUUGCUCCAUCACAUUUUAAGUUUAUUAGAGUGAAUACUGAAUAGAAUCAUAAUUUAAAUUGCAUGAUCUGUCAGAAAAAUGACUUUUAGAUAUUUUUCCCACAUUAUUCAGCCCUACUGCAAGUAAUAGAGUCACAUUUCUCCCAGUUAGGCCAGUUUUAGUUCAGCACACUGAUAUAUUUUAUGCAAAUGUCUCGAAUUCUGCUCUUUAGUAUUUAGGAAGAGUUCUAUGAUUGAGCUUUUUCACAUUUUUCUUUGUCACUACUGUUUGAUAAGUUUUACUAUUUGAAUGAAUGUGACUGAAUGUAACUGACCUGGAUUGUAAAACUGCACCAGGUGGCAUUUAGGCUGCAGGCUAUAUCCUGUACUUGGCGGUUUUGUGGUCUAAUUGUCACUUUAGUCUGUGAGCAAAUGCACUGAAACAGGAACGAGCGUUCUCUAGCAUCAUAUGUGAUAAAAAUUGCCAGUGAAUACGCUACAUUUUCCAGUCUACGUCAGCUAACUGGAGACAAAGACAAUGUCUUCAUUUUUUCUUUGUUUUUUACUAUAUAAAUGUACUGUAUUUGUGCUGAAUGUCUGCUCAUAUAUAUACACACAUAAAGCAGUUCCAGUACUUGGUGUGCAGACUCUAUGAAGCAAGACCACAAGAUCACCGUCUUUGACAUGUUAAGUUUUUAAAAAUGAUUGUUAACAGAUCAGUUUGAUCAGAUUUUUUAAUCCACUUUAUAUGAGUUUCAGUCACUACAGCCUUAUGUGUGACAGUUUUAUUAAAUUGUAUCCAGAAUGUUGUCUUUGUCUCAUGGCCACUGUCAUAACAUUUGUGCUUUCAGUUACACUACAAGAGAUUAAAGCUAUUCCUUUAAAAUACACAAAUUGUAAAUGACAUGUUGUUGGCUGUGCCCAAUCUACUGACUAUAUCAAUUAAAACAGAUGCAUUGGAAUUGAGUAGACAUUAAACUGACUGACAACAAAGUCUUUGCAUUUUUAUUGCUGUGACGGUGCAUCCAUACAACACUGUGUGUUUGUUUGACUUUCAGUUGGACACACAAAGAGAGUUGAAAUAAUAGGCUGUACAAUAAGUCUUACAUAUGUUCUGUAUAUUGCAGUUGCUGAAAUAAAAAAGCUGAUACUAUAUUUGUUAGACUUUUCUUGACCUACGGGAUUCAUGGUGUAAAUAAUUUUGUGACCAAACCGUGAAAGAUUUGCAGGCCUGAAAGUGUCUUCGGCUUUAUCCUGAUGGUAACACGAAAGGGAUUGUGAAAUUGACCCAAAAAUGUCUGCCUACUUUCCUUGGACUGCCCUCUUAUCAGUGUGUCAUAUUAAAUUAAAAUCGCCUGCUUCCUCUGUGAGCUGCCAUACAAUCGGUUUGCACAUAAAAGCCCUCAGUACAAUGACAAUAAAGCGUUUUCAUGCUUUGAUUUCUUGA